CGUGAUACGGAUAUAGAUAUACAUAAGUUGUUAUUUAGUAUUGUUAUCAUUAUUACAAACAUUAGUAGAUGCGUGAAGAAGGGUCUUGUGUUGUUUGCGGUUUUGUCCCAAUUUUUUAAAUCGUGACAGAAGAGAAAGAGCGAAAAGGGGAAAGGGUUUCGAUUUCGGAAGAGGAAUAUUAAUACUGAGUAGCUUGUGAAAGAGAGGGUUCAGUCUUCCACAAUGAAGACGACGAAGGGUGGCAAGGUCAUGAACCCAACCGAUGCUUACCGGAAGGAGCUUCGGAAGAAAGAAUUGAAGAGGAAUAAGAAGGAAAGAAAGAAGGUGAGGGAGGUGGGGAUUUUGAAGAAAGAUCCUGAUCAGUUGAAGAAGCAGAUUGAGAACUUGGAGAUGAUGAAGGCUGAUGGUGCUUUGGAUAAAGCAAGAAAGCACAAGAAGAGACAGCUACAAGACACACUUAACCUUGUCCUAAAGAAAAGGAAGGAAUAUGAAGAUAAAAUGCGGGAGAAGGGUGAGGCCCCAGUAAUGUUCAGUCAUUUGGGGCCUCCUCGAAGGAGAACAACUGCAGAAGAAGAAGAGAGGGUUAAACACCCAAAGCCUGAGGAUUCUGUUUAUUACCAUCCUACAUUAAACCCUACUGGGGCUCCACCACCAGGGAAGCCUCCUAUGUUUAAAUCAUCUAUAGGGCCAAGAAUUCCUUUAUCUGGUGCUUCAUCCAGUGCUGCGGCUUCAUCCUCGGCAAUGGAGACAGAGGAUGAUGUAUUAGCUGUACCUCCACCUCCUCCACCGCCCCCACUGCCUGAUGGUAGCAAUUCAAGUUCAGCAGAUGGCACUGUUUUACCUGCAUCUUUACCAUUGCCUCCUCCCCCUCCCAUGCCUCCAAAGCCUGCUAGUGCCGUAUCUACAUCAUUACCACCACCCCCUUUGCCACCUCCACCUCCUGGUCCCCCACCUAAAGAUCAAGUUGCAAAUCGUCCUAUUCCUCCUCCACCUCCUCCCCUUCAACAAGUUCAGCCACCUCCACCUGGCACUAGUGGAGGUGAAGGGAGAAAUCAGUCUACAUUAACAGAUGAUUCACCUUCCAAGGAUCCUAGUCAGGGGCAGCUUCCUCCACCUCCUCCUCCUCCUAAUCAGGUGCCACCCAAGACUGGUAUGAUUCAGUCUGAUGGUUCUGUUUCAACGGAGAGUAAGAAUUCCCUAUCAAACCAGGAGAUUCCAAAAAUGGUUGCCGGGCAUCCUCCUCCAAGGCAACAACCUCCUGUUCCAGGACCUGCCUUAAUCCCAAGUUUACAGCCUGAUGUAUUACCCCCAGGAAUAUCCCGUUUCCCACCACCCCCACCACCACCUGACAUGAGGCCUCCUUUACCUGGGGCAGUACUCCCUGGUCAGGCACCACCACCUGGAAUGAUGGUUCCCCUAAUCCAUAGGCCACCAUAUGGCCCUCCACCUGGUCCUCCACCAAUGAUGAGGCCUCCACUUCCACCUGGUCCUCCUCCAAACUUCCAGGAAGAGGAUCAUAUGGCAAUUCGGCCGCCUCUUCCCCCUCCGAAACCAUCUUAUGUUAAAUCUGCUGCUUCUACUGUUGUUAAAAGGCCAUUGGCGCAGCACACUCCAGAACUCACAGCUAUGGUUCCUGCAUCUGUGCGAGUGAGAAGAGAAACUGCAAUGAGUAAAACAAAACCGAAACCAGCAGUGCUAACCUCUAGGACGGUAUCUGGGACAUCAGGGCCAACUAUUGUAAAAUCAGAGUCAGUGAACUCGUCAUCAGCUCCAAAAGCACAGAGCAUUGAUGACUCUUAUACGGCUUUUUUGGAGGACAUGAAAGCCCUUGGUGCACUUGAUGGUUGAGAUUACCACACGAGUGGCGGUGCGGUUAAUGGUGAUGGAUGUGCUCAAUGGAAUUUGUUUAUGUUCAAAUAUUCACUCUCUUGACCUCACUCAAUUUUUUGUUCUUGAUGAAAGUUAAUCAAGAUCGUCUACACUCGUUACUCUAA